AUGAAACACAUGGCAUACAAGCCAAAAGCGGCCGUCGUCACAGAUGUCCUGGCUCGACCGGUUCCUGAAGGAGACGUCGACGGGUCUAGCAGCGGCAAGCAGCGUCAACUACGAUUGGUGCCGGUGCUGGCACUAGAGGGCGUGAAUGUAGACUGGGUGAAACUGCCAGAAGCGAAGAACAUCUCUUACUACUGCAUUGGUAAAAUCCACCAGGGGACGCCACCCUGUGUAUUCGUGGCAAUAAAACGAGCCGACCGCCGCUCGAAGCUCAUCUCCGCUCCGACCAACUUCACACACGUGCAGCACAUGGGGCCGGGCGGUACGGUUCAACACACGAACCUGGCGUCCAGGGAGGAGCGACACAUGGACCCACGUACGAAGCUCAUCUCCGGUCCGCUUAACUUCUCGCACGUCGCACACGUCGGCCCGGGCGAGGGCGUGCAGCUGCAGCAGAUGCUGAAGCAACCGCCCGUGCCUCCAGGUGGCGCCAAACGGCCGCCGAAGGAAGGCGAGGACAGUAGGUUCCAGAAGGUUCGCAGCAUGUUCCAGCCAUCCGCUCAGCUUCUCUCCAGCCGCCAGCAACGACCUGUGAGCGUCAUCGCAUCGCAGGACUCCAACGGUGCGGGCGGCGCGGCGCGAGAGCCCGGUCUCUCCACACGGUCAGCAUCUUCCUUCACGUCCGUCUCGUCAGUCGAGUCGUCGGCACACGAAAACCUCCACCUCGCCGGCACAAACGACGGCAGCAGCGGCAGUGGCGGAGCAGGAGGAGGAGGAGGAGGAGGAGGAGGAGGGGGAGGUAGCCCGAGUCAUUCCGUCGGCUCGAACACGAGCUCGAACCUGAGCAGUGAGCCGAGCCCGCAGACGCACCGCUACCAGUACACGCCCGGCGAGUCGGAGAGUUGAUUCCCCCUUCUCGCAUAGCACUAGUCCUCCUCGUUCCCCCUUCCCCCACGCUCCCCCCCCCCACUCACCCUAGUGUGUCAUCGAUGCAGCUUAUCAGUGGUUGUCACGGCGCAGCGUCGCCGCGGUCGCGAGGAUGCACACCAGAGGGCGCCGUACGCUUUCCCUACCAGGUGGCGCUGUGUGCACGGCGCACCAGGCCGCUACUGUAUAUGUUGUGCAGCGGAUGUUACUCUGUCGUGCUCGCGAGAUACUCUCUAUGCCGCUUACCAGGUGUCGCUGUGCGGCUCAGCAGAUAUCUCAUGAGAUACGUAGAGUAUAUAUCAAUAUCAAGAGUAGAUAAUAGUAGAUAAUAGAUAAUAACAAACUAUCUCUAUUAUCUACUCUUUAUAUAUAUACAUACGUUGUCCCUGAUUUUUGCCAUUCUGGGUAAGCGCGUGCAACAUGGCCAUUCCUUACCGAGACCGAUUCACGUGUCUGUAUGAUAGCAGCGGUCUUAUCGCCGAUAAUAAUUUAUUAGCUAGUCGAAUAUAUAAUUAGGGCUUCGCACGACUUCACCGGUAGUUUGUUAAGACCGGUAACCAAGGUAACCGAGGUGCUCACGUCAGUGCAGUGUGUUCCGACAGAUUCCUUUGUCGCAUUCACGUGAGAUGAGAUGAUCUGCCUCUCCGCGCGUCGCUCGCUGUGACAGAGUCACAGACGUGCGGAUAGGGCGUCGUCGAAAACUUUGUCGCGAUCUUGGAUUAUAGAGAUGGUGCCGCUAUCGCUCUUUAAUUUCUGAAGAAUCGUGCGAGGAGUUGAUUACGAGGGAACACGCGAGUUGUGUGAGAUGUUCUUCUGUUUCACACCGGUCUACGUGUGACGACGGUUCUCCGUUUACGCGCGGCACGGGAAGCAGACUCGUUUCCGUGGUAACGGAGAUAUGCUGUCUGUCGAUUCUUUUCGGCUUCUUACCGUGUGCAGCGAAAACCUGCAGGCUUCGAAAUCGUUGCUACUCGUGCGUGGCUAGCUCGUGUUUGCGUUCGGGCAAGGCAACGCCGCGCUAGCUUUAGCGUGCUAGAGAUGGCCGCCGUCGUUCAAUUUAGAGUGCAAGGUUUUUUACUCGAGUCGACGUUUAGUUGGCAUACUGUGUUUUAGCUAGGAUGGGAUGACAUCGGUGAAAGGUGGUCACUUUCCUCGUGCCGCGCGAUCAGGACACCAGCAACUUCGGUGCGAUCAAGCUCAAACUUCGGUUUCGUUUUUUGUUGCAAUGGCUUCACGCUUCGCUGUGAUUUGAUGCGGUCGCGGCGGAGACGCAACGGUCGCUCAUCAGGUUCCCGCGCUCGCGUUUUAAUGUACACUGCUGCGACCUGGCGUGUGGAUCGGUAAUUUUACGUCACAAUCUUUAGAAGCGUGCCGCGAGAGAACGGCAUCUGUAAUUUUCGUGUCUGGUUUUAAUUUGGUCGGUGGCGAUCGCCGCUCGUAGAUAUUAAUAUUACGCAGUUUUUCCUAUUUGGUGUACAGAGCCAUUCUGUGGCAAUUUUAAAUAAUUUUGGCCUGCGUGUGAUUUAUAUAGUGUAGGUUAUAUAUUUAGGGAGUAUGUAAAUUUAUGAGGGUAGUCGCCAUUGACACUGGCGACGGGAGACAACUUUUGCACAUUCGUUGCAAGGCGGAAGGCGGAUGGGAGGAGAGUUUAAACAUGAUAGCUUCUGUAUUUAAUGCGCAGUGUUUGGGUCGGAAAUGGAACAAGGACGGUUUUUAAUUCGUGACAUCGUCUCGAGCUGGCUAGGGCCAUACGUACGAGUCUCACAAACAAGGUGACAGAGGUGGCCACUGGUGCUCCCCUGGCCGUCCCAAACUGCGAGUGCAAGGCUCACACGAAAACCUGGCGCAACCCGGCAGAAUCGACACCAUGUACACGACCGACUCGUAACCCAGCGCACUAUGCGAAAGAUUUGCUGUUUAUUAUUGUAUUACGUUACAUUUUUAUAUGUAUGGAGACACGUGUUUAAAUUCUGCAAUGGUACGCAUCCCCAUGCAUUCACGCGAGACACGCAGCCAGUCUCAGUUGACAGUUGCCGUAGUGAUCGUUACCAUAGUAAUGUAAAAACUUAUGUAAAAACUUAUUGAGGUCAGUGUGAAAUUUUGGUGUACAACUGUAAUGAAAUAAAUAUCGUACGAUUAAAUCCAUAAUGUAAAAUGUGGUAUAACCUA